AUGGAGCAGCCCGGGUUCUUCAAGCGUAACUGGCAAAUCUUGACACCACCACACGGGCCCGUCAAGUCGGAAACUCCACUCAAAUUUGGCAUCCUGGGAGUGGGCAACAUCGCGUUGACGACUCUGAUCCGCCCUGCAAGCCUUCACCCUGAAGUAACCGUCGAGGCUGUUGCUGCUCGGGACAAGACAAAAGCUGAGGAAUUUGCCAAAGAACACGGUAUUCCCAAGGUGUUUGAGAGCUACCUUGACCUAAUCCAGGACCCCUCUAUCGACGCCGUCUACAUCACCCUCUCAAAUGACCUCCAUCUGGAAUGGGCCCUGCGUUCCCUCGCCGCUGGGAAACACGUGCUUCUCGAAAAGCCGUCUGUCUCCAACGCCACCGAAGCCGAGCUGCUUUUCCGCUCCCCCCUGCUCCGGGCCCCAAACGCUCCUGUCCUGCUCGAGGCCUUCCACUACCGCUUUGAGCCCUAUUGGACGGCCUUCCUGGCCCUCCUUGACAAGCCAAACGUCACCCGUGCAAAGGUUACCAUGAACGUUCCCCAAUCCUUCACUGACAAGAAGGAUCUCCAAUUCCGUUAUGAAGUGUCAGGGGGCGCGCUCAUGGACCUGACGUAUUCCAUCUCGCUCCUCAGGGAUAUCUUCGGCGCCGAGCCCUUACAGUGCACGAGCUGCAAGGUGAAGAGGAUGCUUCCGCCGUCCGACGAGCUCUGCGAUUACGGCUACGACGCAACCUGGCUGUUUCCGAACGGAGGUGUAGGGAGGGCUGCGGAGGUCCUAAAAGGCACCAUGGGGUGGACGCUGCGAACCUCGUUGUUUGAGGAGGAAGCUUGGGCUAGUGAGGCGCCAGACGAUCCCGAGCGUGGAGCGCCGAUGGGGCACGCCAGCGUCAUGCACCGGGAAAUGGUGCUGCCGGACGAGAGUCUGCCUGAGGAGCAGGAAAAGGUCAUGACCAGGGAAGUGAGAAUGAGCAAUUACAUCUGGGGAUGCAUCUGGCACCGGAUCGACGUCGACGAUUGGUACAUUGUGCGCAACAAGGCGGAUGGUACGGUGGUCAAGAGGUGGGUGGAGCGGGGGACAAAGAAAGCGUAUACCUUGCGGGAGGCGGGGAUUGACCGGGAUUCGGAGCCGUACUGGAUGUCGUACAAGUACCAGCUCGAUGAGUUCGUCAACCGCGUGCGUGGACGCGAUGGGACGGGCGUCUGGGUCAGUGGCGAGGACAGCAUCAACCAGAUGAAAAUGAUCGAUAUGGCCUACGAGAAGGCGGGGCUGCCAGUGCGGCCGACAACCACUUUCAGGUUGGAUCUGUCAGGGGGUGAUGACUGA